GUGCAAAAGCGGAAAUAUUUUCCAUACACGGGGUUUCGUACACGAAUUGAGAAAAAGUUCUUCCUUUUUGUCCGACAUCUUGGAGGAGUAACAGUACCAUGCCACCCAAAGACGAUAAGAAGAAGAAAGAUUCUGGGAAGUCCGCUAAAAAGGACAAGGACCCAGUCAACAAAUCUGGGGGCAAGGCCAAGAAAAAGAAGUGGUCCAAGGGAAAGGUGAGAGACAAGCUAAACAACCUUGUGCUGUUUGACAAGGCCACAUAUGAUAAACUGUACAAAGAAGUUCCCAACUACAAACUCAUUACACCAGCUGUUGUGUCUGAGAGAUUGAAGAUAAGAGGCUCAUUGGCUAGGGCUGCCCUUCAGGAGCUUCUUAAUAAAGGCUUGAUAAAGCUGGUCUCAAAGCACAAAGCUCAGGUGAUAUACACAAGGAACACAAAAGGAGGAGAUGCACCUGCAGGGGAGGAAUCUUGAACAGGUCCUGUUGCCGAACACCAUUCUAUCUUUUUUCAAAAUGUACAGAAAAUAAAGUAACACAACUGA